AUGACGCUACAAGAAGAAAUCCAAAAUUUAAGUAUACUUCUUGCAGAAACUGUUCAAAAAAUUUCUGCACUUGAAGCUAAAUAUAAAAACCUUUCUGGACUUCUGAUAAUUUCUAAACCAAAAGUAUCAAAGGAUAAAAAACAAACAAAAAUUUCAUUAAGCAAAGUUUUUUCCUUAAAUGAAUUUGAAAUUUCUGAAGUAAAAAAAAUGGCAGGGAUUAUUUUAGAUAACUAUAGAAUUUUACGUGAUACAACAAUUUCUAGAGUUAAACCAACACUUGUUAAUAACUGGAUCGAUAUGUUAAAAAAAGAAUAUUCAAAAUAUUUUGGUGAAAAUAACUGGGCCUAUUAUGAAGCUAUAAAGCAGUUAUGCAAAAUAGAAACAGAAAAAAAAAAACAAAAGAUUCAAGAAAAAGUACCUAAUAAAAAUAUUGCAAAUCAAAACAAUUCGGAUGUUGAAGAAAUUACAAGUGAAAGUGAAAAUGAAAUUGAAAAUGCAAAUGAGAUUGAGAAUGCAAAUGAGAUUAAAAUGCAAAUGAAGUUUAAACAAAUAAAG